GUCUGUCAGGCAUGCUGCAUCAGAGAAGGUCUAAGCAUGCCCACAGAGGGCUAGAAAUGCCGGGUGGAGACAAGUAGUUUGGAAACACUGUAUUUCUGUGUAACUUAUCUGGAUCUAUAUUUACCCAAACGCUAGGGACUUAAUCCAAGACUACAGACAAAAACAAUAGUUGCUGUUAAAGAAUUUCUGUGUGGGGCAUUCCUUCCCUCCUGCUUGGACUACUUUAAGCAUGGACACUCAACAGUCUAAUGCCAGGAAGGAGGACUCAAAGACCAAAGAAGAAGAUGCUGCUGUGGAUGCAGAGCUAGCCAAAGCCAUAAUGUCUCGGAGUUUCCACCCCUCCAUCCUGGGCCCUGAACCCUGGGAGGGAUACAUCUUCUCUGAUCUGGAGAUCCGUAUCAAAGAGUCCACAGACCUCUAUGGAGCUGUUCUCUGGCCCUCGGCGAUGGUGUUGUGCCAUUUCUUGGAGACCAAUCGUGAUGAACACAACAUGAUGGAUAAAAAUGUGAUUGAACUCGGUGCAGGAACCGGGCUCGUCUCCAUCGUGUCCAGCCUGUUGGGUGCUAAGUUGACUUCCACGGACCUGCCCGAUGUUUUGGGAAACCUCCAGUACAAUGUCAUGCGCAACACUAAGGGCCGAUGCAAGUACAUUCCGCUGGUCACAGAGCUCUUCUGGGGUCAGGAGGUGGAGCAGCGUUUCCCACGUGCCACACAUUGUUUCGAUUACAUCCUGGCAGCCGACGUGGUGUAUUCCCACCCUUACCUGGAGGAGCUGAUGGAUACCUUUGAUUACCUGUGCCAGGAAAACACACAGAUCCUCUGGGCCAUGAGAUUUCGUCUGGACAAAGAGAACCGCUUCGUCGACCGCUUUCGGCAACGCUUCAAUCUGGAGGAGCUGUACAACCUCCCCAGCCUGAGCAUCAAACUGUACAGAGCCUGGAGGAGGGACGAGAGAGCGACCACUUCCUGAUGGACUGUGUGUGUUAUGAUCCAUGUUUUUCAGAUUUUGUUAUUUGAUUUACUGGUGUAUUUAUUUACUAAAACAUGUAAAUAAAAUGCCAUAAUAUUAAAUAUCACCUCAUACUCCAACAUUACCAUUAAAUUAAA